GCUGAGACAAAGAAUAAAAGCAUUUGCAUAAAGUGCUAAAAAGGGAGCUGACAGAGCAGUGCAGGUGAUACUGGCAAAUGGGCGCAGAGGAAGGAGGACACAGAGCUUAUCCUGACAUAGAAAGCUAUUACAAAGCCUCUGAGCACACACACCUGUGACUUCGGCAGGUUAUUCAGACCAGCACAGAAGGAGGACCUUAGCCUGGGCAGAGGCGCAAUUAAAAUCCCAAACUCCCUGCUGGGAUCUCAGAAGUCAGUUGACUUUGACUCCAGAAAAAUGCAUUUUCAAGUGCAAAGGGAGUGAGCUUAUCCUGGCCCAGAGAGAUAAAGAGAGGAUCAUCUGACAUCUUUUCCAGUUAAGAGGAUAAUUAAGAAGUUAAGGACAGACCAAGAAGAGGAAAGACACGGUGGGAGAGACCAAAAGACAAAAAAGAAAGAGAAGGCUUGUAUUUCUGAAGAUGGAACAGUCUCCGCAGAUUUGGCACAUUGCCCCCCAGGACACUGCUGGAGAGCUGCAAAAGAAGGUAUCAGCCAUGAACCAGCCAGAGUGCUCCAUCUGCUACAAUACCUAUGACAAUGUCUUCAAAACACCCAAGAUGCUGGAGUGCACCCACACCUUCUGCCUAGAGUGCCUCUCCCGCCUCAUGGCAGUCUCACUGGAUGACCAAGAUGGUAACGGCGGCAGCACUCGCCUCUCUUGCCCCUUCUGCCGUCACCCCACCACGCUGCCCGAAGAGGGACCCCCGGCUCUGACCACCAGCCGCGAGGUUCUCUGCAAGCUGCCCAGCCACCAGCAGCAGGAGGAACCAGUGUGGUUGGAGGGGGAGAAGCUGUGCUACAAAAGCUCCAGUCACAACGCCGGCUUGGGUGCCCCUGACAGUCCCACAGCCUUCUGCAUCUGUAUUGACAUUGGGGCCAGCAAGACUGCGGACGCACCAAUCCUGACGCGGACCCGCACUUUUGGUCUGCUUGACCGGCUGGCGGACUGGAAGAGAAUGGUGCUCUUCAUCGUGCUCAUCGUGCUGCUUAUUGUUGUUGUGUUGUGGCCACUGCAGUGUGUAUUCAGCACUGGGAACAUGCGCUGUAUGCGAGAACCCAUCCACCCCACUUCCACUACAACUACAACUACUCCCACCACUUUCAGCUGACUGCAAUGUACAUAAUAUUGUAAAUGAUACAUUACAUGACUAUCUUAAAUAUUUGAUAUUGUAACUUUUUUUGUACAUAACUGCACAUUAGUGCGCACAUUGUUAUUGCUAAACAACUUUUAAAACCUCAGAUUUUUUAUCUACAACUGAACCACAUGUGUUUUUAGGCUUUUUAGAUGACUGCCUCCCAGUGGCGGUUGGGACACUAUGCAGACCGCACCAGGAGACAGAUGAAAGUAGACUGAAAGUAGCACAGACUGCACAAAUUGUUUUGACGUAUUUUGUGUUAUUUGUUUCAUUUAUCAUCAGACUAAUAUGAAUUACUUGAAUUUUUGAAUUAUAAUCACAGUUAAAGUCUACACAUAGCGACUUUAUCUCCACACAGCUGUAACUUAUCAUUUUUAACAGCUAUACAUUAGCAGUAGUACAUUACUAAACUGUUCAUUCAAGCUUGUAAAGACUGGAAAAAAAUAAUGACUCCUUCAAAUCAUGUGAAACAAACAUUCACCAAAAUCAAUUUGACACUUCAUUGUGGUUUGAAAUUAGAGAGUUUUUAGUAAAACUGCUUUGAUGGAAUUUCUUGUCAUAUUUGGACACUCGGGACAUCAGAUAACAAAGGACAUGAGUGGGUUGAUUUGUUGUUAGUGUCUUCUCAACAUUCAGCGAAGCCAAACUGUGACAUUUAAAAUGCUUACAUUUAUUAAUGAAAUGUGAACCUUGUUUUGCAAAUAUCUGGUUGAGUAAAGAACAACAAAAAGUCAAGUUAAUAGUAACAAUGAAAGGUCUGCCACAAAAGAAAAUGAAUGUAAUCUCAAUGUGCCAAUUAAGAUUCAAACUUUAUAUAUUGCCCAUUCGAUUUGUGUGUUUUGAUAUGUCCUUGUUUACAAAACUAUAUUAAAAUAUUGAGGUAUUAACUCAGAUAACA